AUGACUCAAAACUCAUUGUCCUACAGCAUCAAACCACCUUCAAAAGACGGCGUCACGAAAAGUAAUCCAAGCAAAAGACACCGCGAACGUCUCAACGCAGAACUGGACACGCUGGCGUCACUCUUGCCAUUCGAACAGAACAUCCUUAGCAAACUCGACCGGCUUUCUAUAUUGCGACUCUCAGUCAGCUAUUUACGGACUAAGAGCUAUUUUCAAGGUAAGUAUAGAAGA